CGUUUAGAGAGGGCUGAAAGCCCUAUGAAGCAGUAUAUAAGUCUAACUGCUAUUGCUAUUGCUUUAUGUAUAUUUCUCACAAUGAUUACUUAGAGGAACUUCUAUCUUGCUGUGAAACUUUAUUUUUCUCAAAUAUGAAUUAGAUAGCAGAUAUAGGUAUAGACAUGAUUAUGAAUACAUGAAAUGAAUAUUAGUGAAUAUUAGUUCAAGGAUGGUAGGCACUCUGGUGCGCUUAUGUAUGCCCCUUAAACUCUGAGGCUUUGGGACUGAUUGGUAAUAUAAAAGACCUUAAUUCUGCCUUUCACUUAUGGUAAAGCUCUUUCUAUAAAGUUAUUUUUUCUUAUACUGUAAUUUCUAAUAAUAAUAUUGGAACAACCCCACUCCCCAAUUUAAAAUAUUUAUUCUAAUCUCCAAGCCAGUUAUUCAUCUUGGGAUCUGGAAAUCGUUAUGUGCUUAAAACCAAGGUUUCACAUGCCAUUUCUGUAUAAUCUCUUUUGCUUUUGUUAAGCAAAGUAUUUUCUCCAAUGCAGACUCAUUAAACAAAGUAGCUCUUUAUAUUCUGGUAGAUGGUACUAAGACAAGGAACAGGAAGCACUGCUACAUACGGAGCACCAAAGACUGACUUCUGGUUAAUAAAAUAGCCAAUGCAAUUUUCAAUGAGGAACAGAGACAUUUACACUCAAAAUAAGUUGUGUUUUUACAACUUCUGCUGCCAUGGAAGCAUCUUAAACCUUUCCUUUACCAGUAAGUAGUGAAACUUGUUAUUAGAUAUUUGCAUUAUAUGGCACCUAAAUAUUGUUAAAACAUGGGAUUUUAAUAUUUUGGUAGAUUUGUGUGAUGUCAGCAUUUACUCAAAAAAGCUACUUUUUAAUUCUGAGAGCAUGUUUCUUUUAACGUUUAAAGCUGCAAAAACUAACACUCCACAGUGCUGUUAAGCAUCAGUAAACCAUGAGGUAAAAGUGGUACCAUUCAGGGCUGGCAUCUCCCUCUAUCACAGCUGAUGAGGAGAUGAAGCUGGAUCUAUCACAUUGUGGCAGAAAAUAAUACAUAAGGGAUGUGAGAAUUAAAAAAAAAUCCCAACAACAUUGUUUACAAUAUGAAAAAAAAUAAUCAUAGAGGAAUAGCAGAUAUACUAUUAACAUUAAAUACAAAAAAAAAUCAUUUCCUUUCCAUUGCCAGGACUUCCAGUUUUUAGUCUUCAAAAUCGAUAAUAUCUCAAUUGAAAUAAAAUUGAAACGAAUGUAAAACUGUUAAUAUUUAUUUAAUGGGAAAUAUUUGAAAAACUUUAAGAAGCAAAGCUGUUCAUAAGAGUUUUUAAUUAAAAUCUGUUGCAGGGACACCCAUUUUAUAUGUUGAAAAUAAACAUUAAGUGAAAUUUUAACAUCAGGAAGGAUUGCAUUUGCUAUUUCAUUUUGGGAGUACUGUAUGUACAUUGAUAUGUGUGUGAAAGGUGGCAAUAUAAAAUAUGAUACAUAUUCAUCAAUUUUUGUUCAAUGCUCAGUUGACUCUUGAAGAAUUUAAGGAGAUCACCAUUCUUGCAAAAGUGUCCAACUUCCCAAUCCAACUAAAUCAAGAGCAUAUUUAAAUCUCAAAUAUACAGUACAAAUAGGAAGUUGUAGAUAUUUAUAGUGCUAUCCAUUUCAUGAGCAAGUGACUAUGGGUGCAUAUAACAAAAUUAAAUGUCUAAAAUAGUUAACAAAUAUUAAAAAUCACUAUGGUUGGCUAUUCUGAUUAAUAUUGCUAACAUUUCAAUUCUAUUUCGAAUGGAUUGUGUCUUAGGUUUUCAGAAACUAUUUUGCUUGUCUUUAAGAUAAUUUUUUCUUUACCAUAAAUGUUUAAUAUGAAGCAAAGGAGAUGAUGAAUUGAGUUUAAAGUUACAGGGGGAAAUAAACCAUUUUAAAAUUUUGAAUGUGCUCCAAAAUAGCUUGUUCUUCUGAAAAGGAGCAAUAUUAAAAUAAAGGUCUCUGUAAAUGCCAGACUAAAAGAAUGGAAGUAGGAAAAGACCAUUUGAAGUCCCGCCUGAAUAUUCCUUACAAAAAUUGAGAAGCUAUAUUGAUGUACCUUUCAAUUCAAAUCUAAGACCUAGUACUGCUUAUAGGGCUAGAAUUACAUUUUUAAAAAACUUCCUCAUACAGUAUUACAAAAUGGAUUGGAAGCUUCUAAACUGGCCAAUAAGGGCACAAGUCUUUCCUUUUUUUCUUUUUUCUUUGGCACAGGACAUACCUCGUUUUUACAUUUUAACAUUUCAUUUGCAGUUUCUGCCACUGUGGCUGAUUAUCAGCACGUCCUUGUGCUCAGUUGCUCUCAUGCACUACUCAUUUAUAAUCACGCCUCUCCAAGUGCCCGGUGUACAUCUGCUCAGUCCUGUUGUAGCCUUCUCAUCUGCUGCAGGGUCACGUUUAGCAAGCCAUUCAGUUAGCCGUUAUUUCAAACGCAAGCACUCUUGUUUGCUCAUUUCCCCUGCCUUUGCCCUUGCCACUCUCUCCCCUCCUCCUCCUAUCACAUACAGACAACUACAGCCUUGGCUGGGGAGCCAUCAGACAGUAACACAGGUUUACAGCAACAGAAAAGAAACAAGCAGACAAAAGGUGACGGCAAUUCUCAUCAUGGCAUCGGCCGCUCUCCAGUUUUUUGCUUUCGUCCUAGCCUUGUUUGGUGUUUUUGGCACGAUCGCAGCCACCCUGUUGCCCAACUGGAAGGUGAAUGCAGACACGGGCUCAAACAUAAUCACGGCCAUCACUCAGAUGCAAGGGCUCUGGAUGGAUUGCACAUGGUACAGCACCGGGAUGUUCAGCUGCACGCUGAAAUAUUCAAUCCUGUCUCUCCCUGUUUACAUCCAGGCAGCAAGGACCACCAUGAUUCUGUCCUGCAUCCUCUCCAUUUUUGGGAUCUGCAUCGCCACAGUGGGGAUGAAGUGCACCCUUCUGGGAGGGGACAGAGAGACCAAAAACCACACAUCAGUUGCCGGAGGAGUCUUCUUUAUUUUGGCAGGAGUAUCUGGCUUGAUACCAACAGCCUGGUACACAAAAGAGAUCAUUUCAAAAUUUCUGGACCCAACUAUUCCAGAAAGCAGUAAGCAUGAACCAGGAGGAGCAGUUUAUGUUGGAUUUAUUUCGGCUGGACUUCUGCUUGCUGCAGGUGCCAUCUUUGGCACUUCCUGUUUUAAAAAACAGCAGAGAGCAGGGAUUUAUCCUAACAAGCAGCAAAACCUGCAUCCAGCUUCCCGGCAAGUGGACACAGGCUACAGCCUGAAGGACUAUGUGUAAAUAUGGUAUCUAUCAAGGUUGUUUAUGUAGUCUUGGUUUUAUAACAAUGCGGUUGAUGCAAGCCUUAUAAUUCCAUUGUGAGGUGUUUAUUUAUUAAAAAAAAGAAAAAGAUGCUAAGAAUUUAAAAUACCUAACCAACCAUUUAUUACUGAUACUGAUUUGCAACUGGAUUAUACUGAGAAUGGGGGUGGGGUAUAAAUAGAAAUCAGUUACAAUAGUUCGUAUCUGUCACAUUUAGUAUCACCAAGUGUCUUAUUUGAAUAAUGGCACCAGCUGAACUGAUUCUGCCUUACUGGGGAUUUGUUUGUGUUGUUUUUAAAUGUUAGCUGCAUUUCUCAAUGUCAGUUUUCAACAACUAUGAUAAAUGGCAUAUUUCCAGAUUUCUUUGAAAGAAUAACAGUUAUGACAACAUAUUUGAGGAUUAGCUGUCCUCAGACUCCAUGCCACACAAUAACCUGCACUCAUUCUGGUUUCUUUGGAAAAUGUCUACUUAAUAUUUUGCCAUUAAUUUUAAAUGUCAAACAUAACAGGAUUACAAGAGGUAUCUACGGUAUUUAUAUUUACAGGACAUUUUUUAAAAAAAUCUUUUUUUUCCAAGCUUGAUUUUUAUCAGUCUUAAAUAACAUACAACUAAACAUAAUUAAGUAAACUCUUUCAGUUGUCAGUAAUACUUCGGCAGUAUUUAAAGCUGUAUGUCUAGCUAUUAUCUAUACUUUAUGCAAACUAUUUACAAAGCAAUCUUUAAUCAGAUUCCAAAGAUUUUGGCUAUUGUUUUAUAAUUGUUUUAUAAUAAUUUUGCCAGCAUCAGUCUUGCUUGUUGGAAUCUAUUUCUUGUGUCCAUCUGCAAAAAUGAUGAUUGGUCACAAAGAACCACUCAUUUCCAUUCAAGAGGAGAGAUAAAAUUUGAACAUGUUGGCAUGUAGCACAAUAUAAAGAGCAAAGUUUGGAUCAAAAUCUUGAAAUACAAUUUGAGCUACCUGUAGAUUUCUAUAAUUCAUAUUUUUUAAUGUCAGCAACAUUAAAUCACUCCACCAAAAGAUUCGGUUUUUGUUUCUUACAUAAGAAGUACAGCAUGAAGUUUUAGUUAGAAAAAUAAAAGGAUGUAUAGAGGGUUCUAAAAGUAUACAUAUGAUAAAAAUGGAGGUGUAGUUUUUCCCGUAUCAAAAGGCAGAAUCAUGGUUCUUUUUUAAAAAAAUUAAGAAACUUUCCCAUAGAACAAAACACAAAUAAAAAAGAAAGAAGUACAAAAAAUAAAAAAGGAAUUAAAGUGAAUAAAAUUGUGACUUCAGACCUUCUUUUCAACAGAUAAUUACAAUCUUAUUAUUCCUCCUCCCUCAAGUCUGUCAGUCCCUCAUUUGAUCCACAUCUUUAAUUUUGUCAAAUCUGUAAGGCAUAAAGUCAUCCCCCCCCCCCAAGUCAUAAGUUAUAUAGCAAAGCUGAAAAGAUGUAGAUAUUAGUAUCCAUGGGAGUUACCAUUUAUUUCCAGUAACAGAGACAAUAAAACUCUCCGUGCUCCUAGGGAGCCACAAUAUCUUUGCCACCUAUCUGUGAAAUCAGCACAAGGAUUUCGAUUACUUCGUAAAACUUCAUAAAGUGUAAAACACAAACUCAAAAUGUAUCACCUUUGUUUGGCUAGUUUGCAAAACAUUAUAUAUAUAUAUAUAUGUGUGUGUUUGUGUCUCUCUGUAUGUAGGUGGGUGUGUAUGUGGGUGU